AGCAGCCAGAGGAGCCGCAAACAGCAGCCCGUCUGUGGGACACCGAGGACUUUAUCCCGCUGCCCCGGAGCAGAGGACGCGCUCCUGUCAUUUUAUCGCUACGAUCAUCGCUUUGUUCUUCCUCCUCCCUGACUGAAAGAAAUUUUCUGGAACCGUGUCUUCAUCGGGAAACUUUCACCUAUGGUUCGUGAAUAUGGAUCCAAGUUGUGGUUUCUCUCCGGGAAGCGUCGCUGCGCUGCUGCAGCUGCUGCUGUUUGGAGGAGUGGUAGGGUUGUACUUCCCUCAGAAAGAGUACACUGAGACGGUGUACGUUGGACAGCCAGCGGGGACGCCCAUCCUUCAGGUCCACGCCAUGCUGGACAGCCGAUCUGAGCGGCCACAUUUCUACCUGUGUGGGAGUAGACGUCCAGUUUUCACCUUGUGGUUCCAGAUGGACGUCCAAACUGGAGAACUCUCCCUGAGCAAAAUGCUGGAUGAGACAGACUUCGCCUCGCUGUAUCAGAAUUCCUGGCCAGCUAAACGGCUGUCUCUUCAAGUCAUGGCUCUAAAUAACUUCAGCAAGCGGGCCGCGUGCAUCAGCAGAAACUCCGCUCACAUCACCCUGGACUUUGUCAACGCUUCGAUUCCACAGUGCGCCCAGACUGACAUGAAGGAACUUUGCUUCCCGCACAGAGAUACCUCCAACCCCCACAUCAUAGAAAACAGGUUUCCCGGGGUUCUCCGGCAGCUCCGUCGGCUCACCAGACUCAGCGUCUGCCCAAAUUACACCAUCUCCUACAGUGUGGAGUCAGAGACCCCUGCUCCAUUCGCUGUAAAUGGGAACACCUCAGAGCUGAUGGUGACCGCCCCACUGGACCGAGAGGAAAGUGAAAACUACAGACUGCUGUUGGCUUGUACGGUGCAAACAGAGACCGUCAUCACCAAGGUGGAAACUUCCCUGGAUGUUUUUGUGGACGACGAGGACGACAACGCGCCGUACGUCAACGGAACGGACACAGUGGAUGUUGUGAUCAGUUUUAAUCGGACGAAGGGUGCAGCUUUUGGCACCUUGUUUGUCUUUGACAGAGACCUAACCACUCUCUUUCCUAAAGACCUGAGUCAAAACAGGUAUGUGGGGACUUUGCUCAACAGUGAGCCCUGGAUAAAGGACACAUUUGACAUAAAAGGAACCUUCAGUGAAAGGAGAGCUGCUCCUGGUGGUAUUCGAGAGUCGGUUUAUGACUACCAGUUAAUCCUAAAGAGAAACCUGGAAAUAACGGAGAAUCUGAGUGUAUAUCUGGAUUACCUUGUUAAUGACACCACCUUUCCUGGUCUGGAGGGAACUGUGCUGUUGCAUUUCAACGUCACCAUCUUACCUGUUCAGAUCUACUUCACCAACAUCACACAUGUCUUCACACUGUCACGCAAAGCUUCAGUAUAUGCACAGGUUGGCAGAAUCUGUGUGGAAAACUGCCUCGAGUUUGAUGGCUUUAGUGUCACUUACCAGCUCGAGGUGCCAGAUAAGAACAUAUCGGCUGAGAUGCUGUCAUGCUAUUCUGCUAUAAGCAUCACCCAGGCCCCAGACAGGAUGUUGGGACUGUUACACGUUAAUAACUCCCAUGCACUGAGCAAGCCUGGGUGUCAAGACCUGGAAUACACGGUUGUAGCUCAGGAGGAACACACACAGCUUAUGACCAGCACUCAGAUCCGCAUCUUACUACAUGGUGAAGCAAACGUCAGUCAGGAGAGCCAGCAGCUGCUGUCCUGUGCAGAGAACAAACAACGAGACGAAUGUGAGUCCUCUCAAGGCCUGGGAGCCACAACUGGGACAUGCGAGUGGAGGCAAGGCUCUGAGAAAGGAAUAUCUGAAAAUUAUUCAACGUGCUCUCCUGACCUGCGGACAUGUCCCGAUAGCGUUUGUGAUGCGGUGGAAAGCAAAGACACGUCGAUUUGCCCGCAGGACUGUACAACUGAAAGUGUAACCGGAGGCCAUGAACGAGGCCUGAGUGGGAGCGGCAUCAGAGCCGGCUAUGGGACUUGCUACUGCUUCUCUGAGAAAUGCUUCUGUGAGAUUGCAGACGCCGAGGAUGUUGUGUCGAAAAACAGGUUCCCAGACGUGAUUUGUGACGACAUGUGUAAGACCAUUGUCGCCACUGCUCUCCUCUGCUGCUUCAUCAUUUCCGUCUUCCUGUCCUCAUACUUCAUCCACCGGUACCACAAGAACUCACCCAAGGCUCCCAUCGCGUUUGCUGAGAUGACCUUCCGCCGGCCAGCUCAGUCUUACCCCAUCAGCUUCCCUGCCAACAACGUGCGACGGGGCUCACAGGAAUCCAUAGAGCCAGACACUUUUAAAAUACCUGAGGAUCCAAAGUGGGAGUUUCCUCGUAAAAACCUGGUACUCGGGAAGACUUUGGGUGAAGGAGAGUUUGGGAAAGUUGUCAAGGCAACGGCAUUCAGACUGAAAGGGAAAGCUGGUUACACCACUGUGGCUGUAAAAAUGCUCAAAGAAAACGCUUCACACACCGAGCUGCGUGACCUUCUGUCAGAGUUUACUCUCCUGAAACAAGUCAACCACCCACAUGUCAUAAAGAUGUAUGGAGCAUGCAGCCAGGACGGUCCAUUGUACCUCAUCGUUGAGUAUGCCAAGUUUGGGUCGCUCCGUAAUUUCCUGCGUGAGAGCAGGAAAGUUGGCCCGAGCUACAUGGGCAGGGAUGCAAACCGAAACUCCAGCUACCUGGAGAACCCAGAUGACAGGGCGCUCACCAUGGGAGACCUGAUCUCCUUCGCAUGGCAGAUUUCCAGAGGCAUGCAGUACCUGGCAGAAAUGAAGCUCGUUCACAGGGACCUCGCUGCACGAAAUGUUCUCGUCGCCGAGGGACGAAAGAUGAAGAUCUCUGACUUUGGUCUGUCAAGGGAUGUUUAUGAGGAGGAUUCGUAUGUUAAGAGGAGCAAGGGCCGUAUACCUGUGAAGUGGAUGGCAAUAGAGUCUCUAUUCGAUCACAUUUACACAACUCAAAGCGACGUCUGGUCCUUUGGUGUGCUGCUGUGGGAGAUAGUGACUCUGGGAGGAAAUCCAUACCCAGGUAUUGCUCCUGAACGCUUGUUUAACCUCCUGAAGACCGGCUACAGGAUGGAGAGACCAGAGAACUGCUCUGAAGAAAUGUAUAACCUCAUGCUGCGAUGCUGGAAACAAGAAGCGGACAAGAGGCCAACGUUCUCAGAUAUCAGCAAAGAACUGGAAAAGAUGAUGGUGAAAAGUCGGGAUUACUUGGACCUGGCGGCGUCCACCCCAGCCGACGCCCUGCUGUACGACGAUGCCCUCUCUGAAGAGGACACCCCACUAGUGGACUGUAAUAACGCCCCUCUCCCUCGAACCCUCCCCUCCACAUGGAUUGAAAACAAGCUCUAUGGCAUGUCAUACCCCAACUGGCCCGAGACGAGCCCGGUACCGCUCAACAGACACGAUGCCACUAAUCCGGUCUUUACAAGAUAUGCCAAUGAUAGUGUUUAUGCAAACUGGAUGGCUUUGCCUUCACCCGCAAAAGCUGUGGACAAGCUUGAUAGCUAAAGACAACCCUACACUGUAGAAAACAUGGGUAACUGGUAGAUGUAUAUAUAUUUCUGUGAGUUUGUACAUAAAACAAUCUGAUGCUAAAGUUGGUUCCCCCUUUUGUUUCUGUUGCACGGGUCUUCAACAUAUAAAACCUGGGGUCUUUCACGUGUUUCAGACCAGCCCAUGCCUCAUUCAGCUCCUCACCAUGUUCAUUAUUACCUCACUGGUCAUGCUGACCAAACUGUAUCACUGCAUGACUGUUGUACCAGACUGUAUGUCAGUGUUGAUGUCUUUUAAGUGCCUGUGCUGCUUUCUACGAUAGCCUCCAACUGACAGCGGGUGAUUAUGAGAUUCCUGUUUCAGCCCAGGAGAUAAAGGUAGACACCCUCAGCGGGGGUAGAGAGGACAAAGCUGUUUUGUAACUUUAACUUUACUGGAUUGUUUUACUGAAUCUCCCAAAAGACCUGUUUGUGUUUCAAAGCUGCCAAAGAAAAAGUCAUGCCUGAACUGUUUUCCUAAAUUUGCUCAUCAGUUUUUCCUGAAAACGUCAUUUGGGCUGGUCCAGGCAGAGGACAUGAGGCUUAAAGGUUCUGAGCACAUCCUGUGUCAGGCUGCAGCUCACAUUUCCAUUCUCUGUCAUAAUUAUGUAAAGCAAUGUGUGUUAUUGCUGUUAUGGUAUUAUUUGAUUUUGUUCCAGUUAAUAAAAAAUGAUAAAUACAAA